AUGUCAAACCUAAAACGCAUAUCCAUCCUCCCCAAUCCCGCCUGCGAACGCGCCGGCCUAAAAUCCUACGCCUCCCUCCUCCGCAAAUACGACUUUGCGCCCACCACCGAAGGGCCCUUCCAAGUCCUCGACGUCGCCACGAAAUCCGUAAAGAACCUGUUCAAGCCCGCGGCUAAGAAGGAAACCAAACCGGUUCUGCGCAAAAUUGAAGAGGAGGGUAAACCGGGUGAGGUCAAAGCGGAAGAUCAGCAGAAUGACGCGUUUGAGACGUUCAAGAAGGUUGAGGGUGCGAGUUGGAGGAUCAGGUAUGGGGAUGGCUCUACGGCCUCCGGCAUCGUCGGCACAGACAACGUGACCCUCGGCGGCCUAUGCAUCGAGAACCAAGCGAUUGAACUCGCCAACAAACUCAGUCCGCAGUUUACUUCCGGUGCAGGAGACGGGCUGUUAGGUCUAGGAUUCGGACAUAUCAAUACUGUCAAGCCGAAGAAAGUGGCUACGCCUGUUGAAUCGAUGAUAUCCCAAUCCGACAUCCCCACCUCCAGCGAACUCUUCACCUGCUACCUCGGCUCCUGGCGCGACACCACCGACGCCGAUCACGGAGAAUCCUUCUACACAUUCGGCUACAUCGACGACGCCGUCCUCCGCCGGUGCGGCGUCUCAGAACCCCACUACGUCCCCAUCGACUCCUCACGCGGGUUCUAG